AUGGGCCAAUUACCAGAGGCGAGAGUAACGCCUAGCCGUCCUUUCCUACGAAGUGGAGUGGACUAUGCUGGCCCUAUCAAUAUUCGUCCUACUAAAGGUCGUGGUUAUCACUCCACGAAGGGCUAUAUCUGCCUGUUUGUCUGCAUGGCUACGAAGGCAAUCCAUCUGGAAGUCGUCAGCGACAUGACGGCUCAAAGCUUUUUAGCUGCAUUUAAGCGCUUCGUAGCCAGGCGAGGACAUGUCGCAGAGAUCUGGAAUGACAACGGGACCACCUUCGUUGGCAGCGCUAAGGAACUGAAGGCAUUAUUCAACGCAGAAAGGUCUACCAUAGCACCUGAAAUUGCCGAGUGGUGUGCUACAAACAGUACAGGGUGGCACUUCAUUCCUCCGCAUUCUCCGAAUUUUGGAGGACUGUGGGAAGCAGGAGUAAAGUCCACCAAGCACCAUCUCCGUAGAAUAGUAGGCAAUAGCACACUGACGUUCGAGGAGAUGACAACUUUGUUGUCUCAAAUUGAAGCCUGCUUAAAUUCGAGGCCAAUCUCUCAGUUACCGACAUACCCGGAUGAUCCAUAUCCACUGACUCCUGGUCAUUUUUUGGUGGGGGAACCACUAGUCGUUGUUCCCGAUAGAAAUUAUGAAGACACAAAUAUUUCCUCAUUGAAGAGGUGGCAUCUCACGCAGCGCAUGCUUCAGGAUUUUUGGCGCAAAUGGUCACAGGAGUAUCUUACUCAGUUACAGCAUCGCUACAAAUGGACGGAUCAGGUCGCGGCACCCAAGAUAGGCGAUGUCAUACUUGUUCGCGAAGAUGACCUUCCGCCGGCAAAGUGGCUUUUUGGUGUAAUAACUGAGAAGCAUACUGGUUUGGACGGCCUUACGCGGGUUGUCAGCGUAAGAUGCAAGGGCAGUGUCAUAAAAAGACCAUUGUCAAAAUUAGUUGUGUUACCUGUUGCUUAA